CUAAGUCGAAGUGCGGUAGUACGCACCAGUCUUAAUACACGAGAUACAUAGAUUACUCGUACUUAUAAAAAUAAAAUAACAAUUUUGUUGCUAACAGUACUGACAUACGUACUUACAACUUUGCUAAUCGAGAUUGUCUCACGUUCGUCACACUCUUGUUGUUAUUUAUCUACAUAAGUGAUGUUUUUCUAGUCAGUCGCUGUGUCGAUUGUGCAAUAAACCUAAUAUGGGGCUGCAUCUGACGGGAUGGAUGCUACUAGCAGGGCUGGCUCUCACCGCUGCAGCACCAGCUAAAUAUCCAUGGAAACGCGAUGUCACUGAGUGCAACCCCUUGGUCAUCGGACACCGUGGAGCCAGUGGCUAUGUGCCUGAACACACCCUUGGCUCAUACGCCCUGGCCAUCACCAUGGGCGCCGACUACAUCGAGCCAGACCUAGUCAUGACGAAAGACGGGCAACUCAUAGCGCGACACGACAACGAAUUAGGCCUCACAACAGACGUCUCAGAGCACCCAGAGUUCGCGUCGCGACGCAAAAACCAGACCGUUGACGGAAACGAGAUCACUGGCUGGUUCACAGAAGAUUUCACGUUAGAAGAAAUAAAAACCCUUCGAGCUAUAGAACGCAUACCCGACAUUAGACCUGGCAACGCCAGACUGAACGGAGCUUUCAGCAUCCCUACAUUCCAGGAGAUCAUCGAUUUAGCAAAAAGCAUGCAGUUGAGCAUGCAGCGCGUAAUAGGAAUUUAUCCAGAGAUCAAACACAGCACGCAUUUCAAGAACCUUGGCCUGCCUAUGGAGCAACUUGUGGUGAAUACUCUUCAUAAUAAUGGAUAUCGUGGUCGACAAGCCCCAAUUUAUAUCCAGUCUUUUGAAGUGAGUAACUUGAAAGAGCUGAAAAAGAUCACAAAAUUGAGACUGUUGCAACUCUACGAAAGCGACAAAUCACUGAAGCCAUUCGAUCAAGUCGGACUCCCUAAUGGACUCACUUAUGGCGAUAUGUCUACUCCAGAAGGAUUGAAAGAGGUAGCGAACUACGCUUAUGCAGUAGGUCCUGAUAAAAGUUACAUUAUACCUCGUGAUUCGGACAAUAAGCUCGGGAAGCCUACUAGAUUCGUACAAGACGCGCACGCGGCUGGCUUGAAAGUCCACCCUUACACGUUCCGUGCUGAAAACACGUUCCUACCCUCUGAAUUCAGGAACGGGGACUCUCCGAGUGCCACUGGGGAUUUAAGAAGUGAAAUAAGGGUAUACCUAGAGGCUGGAAUCGACGGUCUGUUUUCCGAUCAGCCUGACAUACCUGUACGAUUAAGAGAUCCUUGUAAACUAUAGUAAAAUUUAACAAUUCCUAGUACUUAACUAGAAUGCUUGCAUUAUGGGUUAUCUUAGUACAGUAUUAAUUGGACCCCAGCCCCUCAAGCUAAACUGAGUAUUGUAAUAUUUAGUCUUGUAAGUAAAACCCUAAUAGCUAUUUUUCCAACGCCUUAAAUGAAAUAUUUCAGCUAUUUUCAAGUUUUUGAAGUCUAUAAUGUAUAAAAAUAAUUUUUAGUUUACGUGAACAAGAACAAAGUACAACAGACUUAUAUUAAUUUUACUUACAAUAUAAUUUACCCUGUUUGAUAAAUCAUAACUUUAAUUGUACUACGUACAAGUUUUUAUUAAUUAGGUAACUACUUAUGUAUUGUAAAUACAUAAAAUGUAACAAAAAUUUGUAAUAAAUAACUUAUUAU